AUGUGUUUAGAAAUCUGUGUAGCUGUUUGUAGCUUCACAGACGCCAGUGUCAAGGCUCAAACGAAAAGAACAGCACGCUCUCCCAACGCGCUCUACGGAUCAAACACAGCAGACUCACGGACGGACGAAGACGGUCUGGUUGCGCCCCUUGACACCAAAAACCAUUACAGCGAGAGCAGCUUGCCCAGAUUCAGCGGCUUUGCAGACAACAUGGACUCUGGGGAGUUAUUGGAUAAGCAGGAGGGAGGGACAUUUUUAAAUCAAGGCAAUGAGGCUUUCAGCUCGGAUUCUGCAGAAUCCUCCCAAAAGCCCACGGCGGCGAAACGGUUUAACGAAUUCGUCGGGAAAAGGAGCAACCCAACGGGCGCGAACGUCGACAGCGAUCUCGCCCGUGAGUUAUUGCAACGGUACAAAUCCUCGCAUAAAAAUUCGGACGAUCAACACGCACUGAAACAAUUAACUUUGCUGAGAUCCUUAACAGCAGACGACACUUCCAAACGCCAGUACGAAUUUGUGGGCAAGCGCAACUACGACUUUCUGGGCAAACGUGCCCCUUACGACUUCAUAGGCAAACGUGCCCAGUACGAAUUCAUAGGCAAAAGGGCGUACGAUUUCCUGGGGAAGAGACAUUACGACUUCUUGGGCAAACGAAGCGGGUCAAACGAGAAAGGGCGCGAAGACGAAGAACAAGACGGGGGCAAACGUUACUCCGAGUUCUUAGGCAGAAGAAAGAGGACCGAGGAGCAAGGCAGCGCCCUUAUGACGGAUAGCGCCAGGCUAGCAGCCCUUCUGCAAAACAACAGCUUGCGAAAAAGAAUCUCAGAGAUGCUAAUGAAGCAAAGACUCGCAGAGCAGGUUCCGGAGUUUGUGGGCAAGUGAAGAUAACUCUCACCUCAUUGUUCUCAUGUAACAUAGUUCAAAUAUUACUCAGUAUAAAUUUACAUGUAGAAAUAUGUUUCAAAAUAGUCCAAUAAAAUUGUUUCGUUU